GACCGUCCAGGAAAUAAGACACACACACAUAUACAUACAUUACAAGUCAUUGCGUGGGCCUGUUCAGUCACACACGUCGACAAGACGGGACAGCGGUAACACUUUACAGUUGUUUAACCGACUAUUGGACUUUACUUACUGUACCCGCAGACUUAUGAUGGCGAAGAUACUAAACCCGUACCCGAUACUUCCACCGACGAUGAUGUCGUCCUCUGACUUACAUCUCUCUUUGUGCCAUAUGCCUUACUCCUUUGAUCCCCGAGGCGUGAUGCCGCUCCCUCUGGACUUGUCUGCAUACAGCGCCCUCUACUUCCAGGCCCAGCAGACCCGACAUUUCCAUGGUUACCUGGGUGCGUCUAGCUACUCCACCGGCGUCCUGGAUUUGUCUACCCGGCAUGAUCGCUCGUUCUCCCCUGGAUCUGAAGAGGAUUCGCCUAAGAGGGUCGUUGCAGAAAAAACAGAAGCCAAGCCUCGUUUUGACUUCGCACACUUAGCUGAGGCUGCUACCAGUAAAUCCGAAAAAGAAAGAGAUCUUGAGACGAAAACAAUGAACAAUGAUCCCAUUAUUACGCACGUUUUGGAUCAUUACUUACCCUCCGAUAACUUCAGGUACAAGCCGAGUUACUCUAGUUGGUACGGACCCCUCUCCAAAACUAUAUCACAAACUUCAGAACGAGGCCGGGGAAGGCGACCAAAGAGGGCCAAGAAGGAAUAUAUCUGUAAAUACUGCUGUCGACAAUUCACCAAAUCUUACAACCUUCUCAUACACGAACGGACUCAUACUGACGAAAGGCCCUUUCCGUGUGACAUAUGUGGGAAAGCCUUCAGAAGACAGGAUCAUCUCAGAGACCACAGGUACAUCCACUCGAAGGAUAAACCGUUUAAGUGCGGUCAGUGUGGAAAAGGUUUCUGUCAGGCCAGAACAUUGGCUGUACACAAGACAACACAUGAGACGUGAUGUGUACACUCGCAAAUCAGUGAAAUUCAACCCUCAUUGAGGUUUAAUAUCCGUGAUCGUCAGUGCCGGUAAAAGUUUUGUCUCAUCACGAAGAACAUGCAAAAUGACUUGCAUCAGUAUGACCAUGAUGAAUAUUCAUAACUUACCACUGCCGGAAGUGAGAAAUUGCGCGAGUGUAUGCUCAGUGAACUGAAAAUUAAGACAUUGUACUACACGGUUCGGAAUUGUGUGUGCUGGUGAUUGUAUUUAUUACGACGAGGUGUUUCUGUCUCAGUCAUAACCCGAAUUUGUUCGUUUUUUUGUUUGUUUGUUUGUUUUGAAUUAUCAUAUGUUUGUCUUUUGUAUCCAUUGUUUUAUUGUGAUAUUGUUACAAUGAUAUACAUCAUGUUUAAGAUUCAUGUGAGUUUACGCCAAGAUUCUGACUGAAUUAUUUUCUUUAUAAAUCAUGAGUAAAUUUGAAACUAUUCUAAUCGUAAUUCCAUACUCACUAUACACUAUAUCAGGGUCGUUUCAUAGCAUUCCAUAACUGUUCAAUUAUUGUUGGAUUUAUACAUUGUUUUCACAUUUUUGACUUUUUUUUAUAUAAACAUUUCCUUUAGCUGAAAAUCUAAUAAAAACUUUUUUUUUUUUCAAGUAAUAAAAACAAAUCUUACCAUUUACACAUGUUAUAUUUACAAAAAAAAACACUCAUUAAGAUUACUCAUUUAUUAAAUUAUGAAGCGUAUAAAGUGUAACAAAAUGACCCUGACCUCGUUAUGAUAGAUAACUGGACUGGUCUCUUCAGAUAAUUAGACAUUAUACAAAUCGUGGCUUUUUAAAACUAGAUAUGGUUUCUGUUGAUUGUGAAUGUCAUUUUUACACGCACACAAUUUACUGUUUCUAUUUUUAGAACAGUUACUGGGUGCCGUACUUCAAUGACUGAAGCUGUUGAGAGGGCGUUAAACAAUCCAAAACUAAACUAUACAAACAUCAUCCACUCGAGAGAAUAUUUUUGUUUAUCAUGUUCGUACUGUAUCUAAACCAAACCUGAAUAAUAUGGCAUAAACAGAACUGACAACAGUGAACCAAAUGAAAGGCGUAUAUUAAUCCAUGUUCUGGUUGGCUUCUACUGAAGCCUUUAUUAGAACAUCAGAGUCAUUCAGACACUUGAACCAACCGACCACUAGUGAGCAUGACGAUGUGUUCUGAAAUAGCCGGAAGUAGCAAUGAGAUUCUAAUCUGACAGACACAACAUACACAUGGACACGACAUUCAAAUGUAUAGUUAACUUGACAUAAAGAAAUAAAAACACACUAAACAUUCAUUAAACAGUGAUUCAACACUUCAUGUGUUAGGGGCGUGUUUUGAACUCAAUUAUAAAUGUCAGGUUUUAAUAGUUUUCAAACUGAGAUAGGCUUAUAUGAGUUUAAACUUGAAAUACUAUGGUAAUAACGCUAACUUAGCACAUAUUCCCAACUCACAAUCCAUAUGUAAGUUAUAGUUUACAUGUAUCACACAUAGAUUGGUUAUUCUGUGCUAAGUCCCCGUGACUGUAGCUGACUAAAGCUCCCCAUUCGAUAAGAAUAUUUGUAUCGUAACUUUUUUGAGCGUUCAGAAUUUAAGAUAACAGCUACAUCUACUUAAAUAAUGUAUGGGGUCUUUGUUAAACAUGAUAUGCGUACGCACUUGUAAUACGAGACUCGCAUCUAUGUAAAAUCCGGAACACGUUGACACAAUGAGUGCGCAUGUAAAUAGAUAAUACGUAUGUAUGAUAUAUAGUAUUAUAUAUCUAUAUCAAUAUAUAUUUCAUCUCGCCGAUAUCCAUUGGCAACCCUCGAUCUGAGGUUGUAGGUAGCGUUUUCAUUGGUUAUAAAGGUCGGUGACCUUUGACCUCAAACAUACAAAGACAUUCCAUUGGUUGUUAUGAAUUAUACACGUCCUGUUGUUUUGUUAGUUAUAGGUUAUUGCAAAACAAAUUUGCAUACUUAAUUUGCAUACUUAAACAUAUUUGUUUGAAGUUACUACAAGUUGACUAAUAGCGAAUUUGACGUGUACGCGUGUGAGUGAAUGUAAAUCUGCACGUAGUGGUGCGCGUGUGAGUGUGCGCACGUGAAACGUGCUGAUAAAGUGCUUGUAUGUCUGUGUCUCCUCUGUAAGAUGUAAAUUUUGUAAACCAACAUUAAAAUACCGAAACCUUAUUUAUACAAA